CUUUUAGCGCCCUGCCCAGUUGCGCGAGCGCGUUGGGCCCCUGCCUUCGCCGCCCGCUCGUGGUCGGGAGGGCCCCGCUGCUCCUCGCCGCCUCUUGGCCGGAUAGAUUUGAAGCCCGCAGUAACUGCCCUGCGGAGAGAGCGGCAGUCCCGGGUGCGAGAGCAGCCCUGCCGCCUGAAGGCUGGAGUAGAGGACGCUUUGCAGGCGAAGGCCCUGCAAGGAAAGGAAACCGAGCUGAAGAAGCUCCAUGGCAACCCCGGAGGGUGGGGAGGAGGCGGCCCUGCGGGCCCUGGGGGAAGAGGCCACCUGCCCCCUCUGCCUGGACUACUUCAAGCAUCCGAUGGGCCUGGCCUGCGGGCACAACUUCUGCCGUGACUGCCUGGCCCAACUGGGCAGCGCUGCUUCCUGCCCCCAGUGCAGAGCAACAGUGGACCCUGGCAGCGCCCGGCCAAACCAGCCCCUGGCCAACGUGGUCUGCCUGGUGAAGAGGCUCCAGCUGUUGCAGGAGGGAACUGAGGAGGAGGAAGGCAGCCGCCAGCUGUGCCGGGAACACCAGCAGCCCCUGCAGUCCUUCUGUUCCACCGAGAAAUGCCUCCUCUGCCCUGCCUGCCUGGGGGGGCACCAGAGCCACGCCCUCCUCUCUCUGCCCGAGGCUGCCCAGGUGUACAAGGGCUUCCUCGAUGCCCUCCUGGGGCCGCUGAAGAAGGAGGGGGAGAAGCUGCUGGAGCAGCAGCAGGCAGAAGAGCAGAGCAGGCAGGAGUGCCAGGAACAAUUUGCCACCGAGAAGCAGAAGGUCGGCCUGGCCUUGGAGUCCCUCUUGGGGCUCCUCCAGGAGAUGCAGCCGGUCUGGGUCGGGUGGCUGGAAGAGCAGGAGAAGAAGAUGGAAGCGGAACGGGAUGGCACCCUGGCCAAGCUCUCCGGGGAGGCCUCCCGCCUGCAGGAGCUGAUUGACGGGACGGAGAGGAAAUGCGGCCGGCCGGACUGGGAAUUCCUGCAGGACAUCGGGAACACCCUUGGCAGGUGUGAGAGCUACGUUGUAGGGCACAUAGAGAGGGUCUCUCCCAAGCUGCAAGACAGACUCAAGGCCAUCUUGGAGAAAAAUGGUGCUCUGAGGCAGAUGGUGGAAAAUUACAAAGCGUCUCUGAGGACGACGCUGACCCCGGAGAACUUGGAGCAUCUUCUGGCCACGGUAGAGCCUCCGCAAAAGCCAGCAUUGACCAAAGCCUACGUCUGUCUGGACAACAGGACGGCCCACCCCCGGUUCCAGAGCCUGCAUUCGAGGGUGAUUUGGGCCGACAGCUACCAGGACGUCCCGGAUGGGCCAGAGAGGUUCAACCGGGAGUUCUGCGUUUUGGGCUGCGAAGGAUUCGCCUCAGGGCAGCACUGGUGGGAAGUGUCCGUGCAGGGCCAGGAGAAUGCUCGGGUGUGGGGCAAAGUGUCCUGGGCCGUCGGGGUGGCCAGGGAGUCUGUCCACAGGAAGGCAAGUUUCUGGCUGAGCCCCCGCGAGGGAAUCUGGGCCGUGGGGGAUAGGACCCAGGCAGAGGAGUUCGCUCUUUCGGCCCCGGCUUGGCAGAGGCUGCAGCUGAAGAAGAAGCUGGCGAAGGUCCGGGUGCAGCUGGAUUAUGAGGCAGGAAAGGUGGAAUUCUUCGAUGCGGAUAUUGACCAUUCCAUCUACACCUUCAGUCCUUGCUCCUUCCUUGGGGAGAAAAUCCGGCCCUUUUUCUAUCUGGGGAACGCGAGAAUCGCCCUUCAACUAGAGGCGCUUCCCUCACGUUCCCCAAACUUUUGGUAAGGGGUGGAGUGCGGCCCUCCUCCACUGGGGUCCAGAUGAAGGCAUCUCCCCGAUUCCUGCCCCUCUGCUCUUUUCCCUGGGGGGAAACUCUUGUUAAAAGAGCCAACACGACUAUAGUCCAGUUCUUGAGGGCAGGGUAAGAGCAGCUUGAAGCAGAAGAGGAGGGGCUGUAGGGGAGACCUCCUGGUCAGCCCCGACUCCUGGUGCCUCCAAGGCUGUGCCUGGGUAUUCUUGGCAAGAUGGUUUCCAAUUGCACUCUUGGGUGUUUUUUUCAACCCUCCCGUCUAGUUUACUGUAGUCUCCUUGUGGUCUCUCCUCCACGUGUUAACCAAGUCCAACCCUGUGUAGUUUCCUCAAGAUCAGUCAAGGCUGGUUUGGAACGGCCAGGAGCUUCUUGGCUGCCCAUGGCUGGAAGACUUUGAUUGGCAGCUGGCGCUGGGCAGAAAAAGGGCCCUUGGUGGGAGGGUUGUGGUCCAACAGGUGGAAAUAGCACGGAAGAGGAACUCGCAUGUCCCGCUGUCCAGGGGGGCGGGGGGGUGCAGCAGCCCCUCCUGGCGCCCGUUCAAGAGCCGGCCCUUCCCUCAGGCGUGCGGCCCAAGGGACCCCUGGUCGGCCCUCUCCACCCUGGCCGGUUCCCUUGGUGCCGCCUAGUGCCAGCUGUGGGAGCCUUGUUACGCAUCAGUAGCUUGCCGCUUAGGGGAGGGGCAGAUGGAUAAGGGGCUUUUUCAUCGAUAAAAGUUACCGCUGGACGUCUGCAUGUUAGUAUUCUAAGUUUCCUAUUAAAAAAGGCAACGUUUCUGUUUUAUUUGUGCCAUUUGUCUACCGCUUCAGUCCUCACAGGCUGUAGGCUAUUUACGGGUAUUAAAUAAUGUUUUAAGAUUACAUUUUAAAGUUUCAGUAACAAAGUUAUAAGUUAAAAUCAAGUAAUAAAAAAAUGUAGAUGCAAAC